AUGGAACAAUCUUCCCUGCUUCUCAAAAAACAGCUAGCAGACAUGCGAAGGGUUCCCGUUGACGGAUUCUCUGCAGGACUUGUCGACGACAAUGAUAUCUAUAAAUGGGAAGUGCUGGUGAUCGGCCCACCGGAUACUCUUUACGAGGGAGGUUUCUUCAAGGCGAUCCUUGAUUUUCCACGGGACUAUCCUCAGAAGCCGCCGAAGAUGAAAUUCGUUUCAGAGAUCUGGCAUCCAAAUAUUGAUAAGGAAGGUAACGUGUGCAUUUCGAUUCUUCAUGAUCCGGGAGAUGAUAAAUGGGGAUACGAACGACCGGAAGAACGCUGGCUGCCGGUGCAUACUGUUGAAACCAUUCUAUUGUCUGUUAUUUCUAUGCUCACUGAUCCAAACUUCGAAUCCCCGGCAAAUGUCGAUGCUGCUAAAAUGCAACGUGAAAACUAUGCUGAUUUCAAGAAGAAGGUGGCUCAAUGUGUUCGCAGAAGCCAGGAAGAGUAA